AUGUAUGUAUUAUGUGACGCAAAAUAUUUUUACACUUCAAAUUUGGAAGUUUAUUGUGGUAAACAGCCAGAAGGGCCGUAUGAUAAUUCAAACGCACCAAUGGAAAUUGUAAAAAGGUUGAUAACGGAUAUCGAAAAGUCCAAUAGGAAUCUUACCACUGAUAAUUACUAUACAAGCAUUCCUUUAGCCGAGUAUUUGAUGCAAAAACAAAUAACUCUUGUUGGUACACUGAAAAAAAACAAGAGAGAGAUUCCUCCUGAGUUUCUUCCCCAUAAGAACAAAGCUGUUUCCUCCAGUAUAUUUGGUUUCCAAAAAGAUAAAAUGCUCACUUCUUACGUUCCUCGUAAAAAUAAAACUGUUAUAUUACUUUCUACGAUGCAUGAAAAGGGAAGCCUUGAUAAUUUUACUAAAAAGCCGGAAAUAAUCAUGGAUUAUAAUAGUACAAAAGGUGGUGUAGAUACUGUUGAUAAAAUGUGUGCUACUUAUACUGUGUCUAGAAUUACGAAACGUUGGCCUUGUGUGGUUUUCUAUAGUCUAAUGAAUAUUGUCGGAAUAAACGCUCAAGUUUUAUAUGCAUUUUCAAAGCCGAAUGAUGCACCGGAUCGGCGUAGAAUUUUUCUAAAAAAUUUGUCUAUGAGUCUUAUGAAAGAACACCUUAUUUCAAGAUCGAAAAUUAAAACAUUACCAAUGGAUGUAACAGUUUUUUUAAAAAAAUACCAAACGGAAAACGUUGUAGAAGAUGUACAGGAGCCUCCUAAAAAGCGCAGGGUUUGUCGUUUAUGUACGAUCGAAAAAAAGAGAUCAUCUGCAACAAUGAUAUGCUAUAAAUGCAAGUUGUACACAUGUAAGAAGCAUUCUAGCAAACAUGAAAUAAUUUGUCAGACAUGUAAUGACGAAAGUUUAUCAGACUAG